AAUUCACUCUUUGUGCCUUUAAAAGUUAAAAAUAACCUACAUAUCAGCUUAUCUGUCGUAUUCUUCGGGGUCUGUACAUCUGCAGUAGGGAAGGUUGAAUGCGAGGAGCAGCACGGGUAAAUUAUUGAUUGGGCCGGUCCUGCUAUAAAAAGGAAACGCCGCCUGGGUUCUGCACCUUGUCUUCAAGACGCCAAGAUGAGCUACGGAUCCGACUUCUACUCUGCCUCUUCCUACCGGAAGAUCUUCGGAGACUCUACCCGCUUCUCAGCCUCUCCAUCCCGGCUGAGCAGCUCCCGGAGCGGCUUUAAGUCUCAGUCCGCGACCCGCGCCAGCAUCCCCAGCACCUACAAGCGCAGCACCCGAUCUGCCUUUCCGUCUUCAUCUUUGACUCUGGAAAGCUUCGACUUCACCCAGAGCACAGCACUUAAUAAUGAGUUCAAAAUCAUCCGUACCAAUGAGAAGGAGCAGAUGCAAGGACUCAAUGACCGUUUCGCGAUGUUCAUUGAUAAAGUUCGCAAUUUGGAGCAGCACAACAAAGUGUUAGAAACCGAGCUCGUGACCCUGCGACAGCGCCAGACAGAACCGUCCCGUCUGGCCGAACUUUACCAGCAGGAGAUCCGAGAGCUGCGCUCCCAACUCGAGGAACUUAACGCGGAGAAGAACCAGAUGAUGUUCGAGCGCGACAGCAUUGAGGAGGACAUUCAGAAACUCCAGGAGAAGUUCGAGGAGGAGAUGAGAAUGCGCGAGGAGGCUGAGCAAACUCUUAGAGCUUUCAAGAAGGACGUGGACAACGCCACCAUGGUGCGCCUAGACCUGGAGAAAAAGGUCGAAUCCCUUAUGGACGAGAUCAACUUUAUGAGAAAUGUGCACGACGAGGAGGUAACUGAACUCAUGAACAUGAUCCAGGCUGCCCAGGUGUCCGUGGAGAUGGAAGUGGCCAAACCCGACCUCACCUCCGCCCUCAAGGAGAUUCGCGGCCAGUACGAGGCUAUGGCGAAUAAGAACGUGCAUUCCGCUGAAGAGUGGUACAAGUCCAAGUUCGCCGACCUCAGCGAAAAGGCCAACAAGAGCAACGAGGUAAUUCGUGCUAGCAGGGAAGAGCUCAACGAGUUCAGGAGGCAGCUGCAGUCAAAGACCAUCGAGAUCGAAAGCCUGAAGGGCACCAAUGAAUCGCUGGAAAGACAGAUUCAUGAGAUGGAGGAUAGGAACAACGCUGAGGUCAUGGGCUUCCAGGAAACAAUUGGGCAGCUGGAGAAUGAUCUGAGGAGCACUAAGAGUGAGAUGGCCCAUCACCUCAGGGAGUACCAAGACCUGCUGAAUGUCAAGAUGGCGCUUGACAUAGAGAUAGCUGCUUACAGGAAACUGUUGGAAGGGGAGGAGACACGUAUCAGCACUGGGAUGCCCUACCCCACCCCUGCCUCAGUGUCCAGCUACAGCUACCUGUCCCGUAUGUACAGCAGCACUAGCACUAGUGGAAAGAAGGAGGUCAAGGAUGAUGACGACAAACAUCAGCAGAGCAACAAACCCGGCAAAGGCUCCUCCCAGUCUGACGACUCCAAGAAGAGUGACACAAUCGACUCUGGAGAUGUGAACCCCACCAACCAGAAAAACUAAAUGUCUCAACCCUCUUUCUUUCUUCCUCUCCUCCCUCUGCCUUCUCCAUUACCCUCUUUUUCCUUUUCCCAAGCAACCCCCCUCCACAAAAGGGGUCUCAGAGAGGAAUUUCAACUUAUUCUCCACUAAUUCACCUCCCACUCAUUCACGGCGCAGCAGUUCUUCUGUAGCAAACCACUAAAUACUCAAUACACACUAUUUGAUGCAUAUAUUCUCUGUUUCUAUCGUCACAUUUAACUGUACUAUAACAGGCUUUUCUCAGCACAUUGCAUUAAGGAAAUGUCUAUAUGGUUAGCUUAGGUGAAUUUAGCUUAUUGUGCUGCAGUUUUUCCAAAA